UUUAAUACAUUGCGAAGCCAAACAAUACUUCUUCUAGUGUCACCGGACCAACUGUAAGUUUCUUUAUACUUACUAUUCUAGGUUUUCCGCGCGCCGAAGAAGGAGUAAUCUCAGUAUUUACAAGUUCUUUGAUUUGCUUUUUCAACUACAUACCACACAUAACACAACGAAUUAAUUGAGCUGUAAAUUGUAAGGUAAUGGGAAGUGAAGAGCCGAAAGAUCCAUUGAAAGGAGUUGACUGGAAAGCCAUUGGCACUGAAUUGCAGAAGGAUCCAAGUGCAGGUGUUAAGCCAGUAGUAAAGAAACGGCUUCCAAAAAAGGUUAGGCAAAUUCCAGAGUAUUAUUUCCUUCCUCGUAGAUCUCUACCCUCUGCCAUAGCAUUCUAUGGAUCAUGCAUUGCUGGUGGAAUUGGUGCUGGGAUGUUGCUGGAGAUCUGGAUAAAAAAGAAAGUUAAAGAGGAUGGAGGUGUUAUAUGGGAGUUUGACAAAUAGAGUGCAAAUGGCAUAGGAGGAUUUAUCCACCUGGUAGUAGUUUACUUUUCUUCGUUCUCUUUCUUUCUUAGGGUUGCAUAAUGAUGCUGGAAAAUAAACUAGAAGGGUGUAAUCCAAAGUGAAGGAUAUUUUGAUUGCCCCGUGUAAUUUUCUGUGUGCGUAUGUUGGACAAAAGAAUAUGAAUUAGCUGUCAGUCUUUGUGGCUCUUAUUCAACUAAAUGAUCAGUAGCUGUUAAUUUA